AUGGAAUCUGUGGCCUUGUACAGCUUCCAGGCCACUGAAAAUGAUGAGCUGGCCUUUAACAAAGGCGAUACUCUGAAGAGGAAGCUGGCUGAAAAUGGGACCAUGGAGUGGUUUGCAGGUCGGAUCUCCAGGCAGUUUGCAGAAGAGAUUUUGCUCAGAAGAAAUCACCUGGGAGCCUUCUUGAUCCGGGAAAGUGAGAGUUCCCCAGGAGAAUUCUCAGUCUCUGUGAACUAUGGCAAUCAGGUUCAGCACUUCAAGGUGCUCCGUGAGAACAUGGGGAAGUAUUUCCUUUGGGAGGAGAAAUUCAACUCACUCAAUGAAUUGGUGGACUUCUACCGCACAACUACCAUUGCCAAGAAGAAGCAAAUCUUCCUAAGGGAUGAGGACCCAAUGCAUAAGCCACCCAGAACCAAGUUUGCCAAGGCCCAGUUUGACUUCACCGCCCAGAACCCGUCCCAGCUCAGCUUCUCUCAGGGUGACAUCAUUGAGGUGCUGGAGCAUUCUGACCCCCACUGGUGGAGAGGCCAGCUCUGUGGCCGAGUGGGUUUCUUCCCUCGGAACUACGUUCAACCAGUCCACAUGUGAACUGUUACAGGGUCCCCACAUCUCUCCACCCCACAAAACUGCUUUGGAUGACCAUUGCCCUCAAGACUCUUCUGGAUGAGCAAAAGCAACCACAAUGGGAAGAAGUCAGUGGGUUCCCUACUGUUCUGACAUCAAGAGUCCAAAGCAGAUUUCCAGCUGUAUCCAGAGGGGCUUGAAUUAGACUGGACCUAGGGAGAUUAUUUUCUGGACCAAUUCAAUUUAGUAAACAUUUAUUAAAUAGUUUGUGUAAAGCACUGCGGUUAUAAAGACAAAACUAGUCUUUUCCCUCAAAGAAUUUAUAUUCUAUUAGAAGAAUAAAAUCUGUACUUGGAUGUCAUGUGAAAUCGAGAAGCAUUUAUCAGGCACCUACUGUAUGCCAGACACUGUGCUAAAUGCUGGGGGUAAAAAAAAGAACAAAAUUAAUCCUUGCCCUGGGGGAGCUCACAGUCUGAUGGAUACAUGUAAACAAUUAUAUAUGAACAAGAGAGAUACAUGAUUAAUUGUGGGUAGUCUCAGAGGGAAGGCACUAGCA